UUGGCCCAUUUCUUUAAUAAAGGCACUGCUAUAUUAUUUUGUUAGUCAUAAAAUAAAAUCAUCAUGGAUACGGUUGGAGGAAGAAACAAGAUGAAGCAAGCAGAAGAAGAAAAGGUGGUAUCAAUGCCAUGGCAGGAGAAGAGAGAACUUGCGCAGAAGGAAGAAGAGGUCUUGAGCAAGGAUAUCGAAGACCUUAAGACAUGGCUUGAUAUGAUGGAGAACAUGCACGACGACGACCAGCAGCUGAAGGAAUAUCUAGAAUAUCACCCUGGAGAUUUGAACUUGGCAAAGGACAAAAAGAACAAGAAUAAGGUCGAAAACACCAGCAAGUCUGUACCAAAAAUCACCAACAAGUCGAAGUCUUCAGCCUCCUCCAAAUCCAAUGGUAUUCUGGCUUCAGUUUUGAGGUUCCACAAGAACUAGUACUAAAAUGACUUCUCAUUGGUUUCUUAGAAAUAAAUUUGAACAUUCUAAAAAUAAAUUUUGGACUAUAUAAUAUUUAUGUUUGGAUGACAAAUAUUCAUGUUGCUAGAUUCCUGCGAAUAAAAUCCAUAACAAAAUGAAUUUGGAUAUAUAGCUCAAUGCCUCAAUGGUAUUGUGUUCACAUAUUUCAGCUAACAUGAAAUUCUUUAAAUGCCCUUACAUAUUUAUAAAUAAGUUAUCUUGAUUUCUUAUUUAUGGACUUACGAGAUUGAAGUGUUUCAGAUUGUUUGAACUUAUUGGAAUGAAGUAUUGUAACUUUUACAUUUA